AUGAUCUUUGAACCUGCGGAGCGCAUUUUGCUCCCAAACAAGGAUCUGCUUUCCUUCAUUUUUGACGACCCGCCGUACGAUCAGGAUGCACCGAUCUAUAUCGACGCCCAACAACCCCAAAGGUCCAUUUCUUGCAACCAGGCCCGAUCGCUGAUUCGGAAACUGGUCGCGGGAUUCCGGGCUGCCGGUCUUCAAAGGGGCGACUGUGUUCUCAUCCACUCCUUCAAUGACAUUAACUACAGCAUUCUUGUCUUGGCGAUCAUUGGAGCCGGGGGCAUCUUCACGGGCUCAAACCCAUCAUACACCCCCACCGAGCUAGCUCAUCACAUGAAGGCAUCUGAGAGCAAAUUUCUCGUCUCCGAGCCUGAGAUUCUCCAACCACUGCUUCGCGCUGCGGAUCAGGCGGGUGUGUCCGAGCGAAAUGUGUGGGUUUUUGACAACCUGGGACAACCCAUUCCCGCAGGAAGACGGUCAUGGAAACAACUGAUGAGUUUCGGUGAAGAGGAUUGGGUACGCUUUGAUGAUCCGAAGACCGCUAGCGAAACGACUGCCGCAAGACUAUUCAGCAGUGGGACCACCGGUCUGCCAAAAGCGACAACCAUUACCCAUACCAACCUCAUUGCCCAACAUGAACUUGUUCUAGGAGCCAAUCCUCGACCGUACGCCAUUUCUCGCAUCAUUGCGGUACCUGUCUUCCAUGCCUCUGCAGCACCUGUUACCCACAUUUCCACCCUCAAAUCGGGCUCGGCUGCCUAUGUGAUGCGUCGAUUUGACCUUGAGGACUUUUUGAAAGUCGUUGAAAGGUACGAUGUUACAGACCUUGCAAUGGUGCCGCCAAUCGUGAUUGCCAUCUUGAUGUCUCCUCUCUCACGAAAACGCCCGUACCUUCAGAAAGUGCGUCUCGCGGCAUGUGGAGCAGCACCUUUGGAUAAAGAUAUUCAAGCUCGGUUCCGCAAGCUUAUGGGAGAUAAUGGUCCAUUUACCCAGGUUUGGGGGAUGACGGAGACGUCUUGCAUUGCCACCAUGUUCCCAUACCCAGAACACGAUGACACGGGCUCAGUCGGUCGGUUGAUUCCAAACCUGGAGGCCAAACUGAUCGACGAAGGUGGAAAGAAUAUUUCGGCGUAUGGCGUUCGUGGUGAACUUUGUGUACGAGGGCCAACAGUGACUCCUGGGUAUUUCAACAAUCUGGAGGCGAAUGCACAGUCCUUUGACUCUGAGGGCUUCUUCAAAACGGGCGACAUAGCGUACUGUGAUCAAGCAACCCGAAAAUGGUAUAUUGUGGAUCGCAAGAAGGAACUUAUCAAGGUUCGCGGGUUUCAGGUUGCACCGCCCGAGCUUGAAGCCGUGCUCUUGUCACACCCACAGAUUAUUGACGCCGCUGUGAUUGGCAUCACUUUCCCCGGCUCAGACACGGAGUAUCCUCGUGCGUAUGUUGUUCGAAGACCCGGUAGCGAGGGAGAGAAGCUAUCGGAGGUGGACGUCCAGCAAUACAUUUUGAACCAUCUGGCUCGAUACAAAGCAUUGACCGGUGGAGUCAAAUUUGUUGGCGCCAUUGCAAAGAAUCCCAGCGGUAAGAUUCUGAAACGGGUCUUGCGCGAAGAAGCGAAGAAAGAAAUCGAAGCCGGGCUUAUCAAGCCCAAGCUCUGA